AUGUCUGUUAUACCAGCAUUUCUUCCAUCUUCAACUCCAUACGCUCCUUCUCCAACUCCACCCGACUCAGACUCAAGUUGCACCCCUCCACAUUCUCUCGAUCUUUCAUCUACUACUACUACUACUACUACUACUACUACAGCAACAACAUCUACCAUCAAAUCUCAACUUUUCCCAGAUCUUCUAACUACUACAACAACAGCAACUACUGAUACUACAACCAAUACUAAUACUAAUACUAAUAUUAAUAUUAAUAUUAAUACUGCUGAUACUGCCUCAUCUUCUAUCCCUUCUCCAGUCUCAUCUGCUUCUCCUCCUUCUCAAUCAAAACUCCAAAUGAAAUUCCAAGGCCUUAGUUUACUUUAUGCUGAUACUGCCCCAACUUCUACUUGGAAACCUCAGGUCGACCCUUGGAUGAAACGCCAUCAUCCUGCUCAAAUGAAAGACAUUGCUCGCUCUGCUUCUCCUCCUCCAAUUUACAAUUCUCUCGAAUCUCACUGGUCUUUUACAAUCACUAAAACUCGUCAGGCCCUUGAAUUAGAUGCUAUUAAAGGCCAAUCUGAAUCUCUUCUUGCAAAUUAUUAUCAAAUCCCAGGUUUAUUAGAUCCUAAACCACCUACCCUUUUAGAUCCUUCUUAUUCUUCUUCUUGUUCUUCUUGCUCUUCUUGCUCUUCUUUUGUGGCGGCAACUACCGGAUGCGAGCACACCAUUCUUCAAAAAUCAAACUCUGCACGGCUUGGCGGUAGUGGUGGUACUAGUUUGCCCAGAUCGUCUUCUGAUUUGUCAAUCGCUCAUCAACACAACAAUUUUACCUCCCGACCAUAUACUGGAGAAAGUGCUCUUAUAGAAGAUGAAGAUGAUGAUGAAGAAUAUGAUUAUGCUGGCAAUGUCAACGAGACUAUUUAUAAUAAUAAUAAUAAUAAUAAUAACAACCCAUCAAGAUUUAAGACUUCUUCUACUUCUACAACCCUCCUUUCAAAAGGCUUAUCGGCAUCAGCUGUGCGCCGCAAGUCCGCAGCAGAUGCAACCCACCACAAACCCCAAUCUAUUACUACCAAUACUACUAAUAAUACUUCAUCAUCAUUAUCAUUAUCAUCAUCAUCAUCAUCAUCAAAGAGAUUUCCGCCGCUUAAUUCAAAGCCACGAACAAAAUCAUUAUCCGCUGCCCAGCAGCAUCAACAGCAACAGCAACAGCAACAGCAACAAGGAUCCACAAUAUCACUUGGACCUGCUGCCUCAAUCACAGGAUCAAUCUCAACUCCAUUACUCCCACCCGCUGGAAUUUCUAAACCUUCAGGUCAACGUAGAAGAUCUUCCACAAAUGCGCCAUAUGUCAAGGCUGGAGACUACGCCGCCAAGGUAGCCGCCGCCACAGCUGCUGCGGCCUCUGGUGCAUAUCUACUCCCAAGUCUAUCAUCCUCUGCUUCAACUCUUAGAAGUAAAUCGUCUAGCCCUACCCUGAUACCCAACGGAGCACAAGUUCCAAUGGCUUACCCUAUGGCGGUAUCUCCUGCAGAGCAAUCAUCUUUUAUGGGACCGGGAGAAGGUACCGGGACUUAUAAUCAAAUGCUAGCAUACCAGCCACCAUCUCCGCCAUCAUCACCCAAUUCUCAUAGUGCCAAAAAAAAUGGGGCUGCUGCUGCUGCUGCUGCUGCUGCUGCUACUACCCAACAAGCACAGGCACAGGCGCAGGCGCCUACUCCUCAGCAAAGAGGUUACAGCACAGUCCCAUCAAGUCAAACAUUAACAUUCCAUUCCAAGCGACGGUGCAUUUCCUGUGGGUCUGAUCAAUCACCAUGUUGGCGGCCUUCAUGGUCACCAGCAGCCGGACAAUUGUGUAAUUCAUGUGGGUUACGGUAUAAGAAAACCAAUGCACGAUGUCUUAAUAAGGCAUGUGGUCGGAUUCCUGCCAAGUGUGAAUGGGCUAGUAUUAAGAAUGAGGCAGUACGGGAUGCAGAUGGAAAGAUUCAUUAUCGGUGCACGUCUUGUAAGGGAGAGAUUGAGGUGAAGAAGACAUGA